GUGUAGGAAAAUAGAGUUAGUCUACAUGUGUCCUGCACACUCGCUUUGUACAGGUGGAGGACAGACCAGCUGACUGAGGAGCAGGAGGAGGGGCAGGCAGACAGGCCGGCUGGCGGGGUGGCUGCUCCACUCCGACAGACAGACAACUUGAUCGAAGUGAUCCUGCGACGCGAGCCACUGCUGCUGAGUCCCCGGCAGCGACCAGCCACUCGUCUGUCUGGGAGUUUAGCUAGCUAAGCUAACUAGCUGACUUGGUCGUUGUUAUAGGAACGACAGGCUGUGCUGCUAGCAGUUCUGCGCGGCAGAAUUAAACCAGAGUACUGCAAUAAAUCGUUUAAGCUGAUAUUUAAAAUGUCUAUAUUACCGUUCACCCCUCCAAUUGUGAAGAGGCUUCUUGGUUGGAAGAAGGGAGAGCAGAACGGGCAAGAGGAGAAAUGGUGCGAAAAGGCUGUCAAAAGUCUUGUGAAGAAGUUGAAAAAGACGGGGCAGUUGGACGAGUUGGAAAAAGCCAUCACAACACAGAAUGUCAACACGAAAUGCAUAACCAUACCCAGAUCUUUAGAUGGGCGUCUCCAGGUCUCCCACAGAAAAGGUCUUCCCCAUGUUAUCUACUGUCGCUUGUGGCGCUGGCCAGACCUGCAGUCCCACCAUGAGCUGAGGGCUGUCGACCACUGUGAAUUUGCCUUCCACACCAAGAAGGAUGAAGUGUGUGUCAACCCCUACCACUACCAGAGGGUGGAGACACCAAUCUUGCCUCCUGUACUAGUGCCACGACAUACAGAUAUCCCCACAGAGUUUCCACCGUUGGAUGACUAUAGCCCAUCCAUCCCUGAGAACACCAACUUCCCCUCUGGCAUUGAGCCCCAGAGUAACUAUAUUCCUGAAACUCCCCCACCAGGGUAUCUGAGUGAGGAUGGUGAGACGAAUGAUCACCAGCUCAACCACAGCAUGGACACAGGUUCACCCAGCCUGUCGCCCAAUCCUGUGUCACCCGCAAACAGUAAUCUUGACUUACAACCUGUGACAUACUGCGAGUCUGCUUUCUGGUGCUCUAUCUCCUACUAUGAGCUGAACCAGCGUGUAGGAGAGACCUUUCAUGCCUCCCAGCCCUCCCUCACAGUAGAUGGAUUCACAGACCCAUCCAACUCUGAACGUUUCUGUCUGGGCUUGCUGUCCAACGUCAACCGCAAUUCAGCAGUAGAGCUCACACGCAGACACAUAGGACGGGGCGUGAGGCUGUACUACAUUGGGGGAGAGGUGUUUGCAGAGUGUCUCAGUGACAGUGCCAUCUUUGUCCAGAGUCCAAACUGCAACCAGCGCUAUGGAUGGCAUCCUGCCACUGUCUGUAAAAUACCUCCAGGCUGCAACUUGAAGAUCUUCAACAACCAGGAGUUUGCUGCUCUGCUUGCCCAGUCAGUCAACCAGGGCUUUGAGGCAGUCUACCAACUCACCAGGAUGUGCACCAUUCGCAUGAGUUUUGUCAAGGGCUGGGGAGCUGAAUACAGACGUCAGACAGUGACCAGCACCCCCUGCUGGAUAGAGUUGCAUCUCAAUGGCCCUUUGCAGUGGCUGGAUAAGGUCCUUACACAGAUGGGCUCUCCUAGCAUCCAUUGCUCCAGUGUGUCAUAGGAGCAGCACAUGAUUUGCAUCCACACACUUAAACCCAAACCACAUGGGAAAACUCAGUCUCAGUGAUAAUAAGGAAAGAAAUGCCGUCAAUCAAAUCAACAGAUCACUCUCCUCCCUCAUAACAUUUCACCUCACAUUUAUAGCACUUUCCUUAGUACCAUUUAGUGUCUCCAUUUGAUGGUAAUUUUAGGACUUGUACAUUUUAUUUCUGUGUGUUCAUUGGCAGCCACAGGGUAUUUGCAAUAGGUUUUUAAAAGAGUAAUCACAAUUUCUUCAUCAUUCAUUCAGUCCAGAGAUUCAAGUUUAUAUCUAUGCUUUUUUUUUUUUUCCUUUACUUUUUUAAAUGAAGGAGUUUGAAAUGUAUGUCUCAGAAGUUGAAGUUAUGGUACAGUUUCAGCUCUGUCACCUUUUACAUGUUUCAAAACAUUUUUGAUUCUAUGAAUUAGCUAAAAUUAUGAAUAUGCUAUCAUCACUGGUGUUUCAGUGUCCCAGCACCACUCUUUGUAAUCACUGGCCUGGGAUUAUUUAUCAACUUAACCAUGAAUUGACAUGAAAAAUGUAAUGAAUAGUAGUAGUGAUUAAAUAGAGUAUAUUUAAUGAAUAUUUUAAGUACAAGGUACUUUUCCCAUAUUGAUUUAUCUGUAUUAUUAAAAGUGUCAAUUAUCUGAUUGAUCAUGUAAUUGGUAUUUUAUCUAUUUUAAACAAAAUAUAGACAUUAGCGCCAUUGUUUCUUGAAAAGAGCCCUUGUAUGAAAACUAUUUUGCUCAGUGAAAGAGACAUUUUAUAAGUUAUUUUUGCAUACUGUCCUGCAUGGGAAUAUAUUUUUUUUAAUGCUUCAAUAUAAUUGUACAUAAAUAUUUAUAGCUUGUGAAUUCUUUUAGUCAUGCAUUGCUUGAAACAUUGGACCCAACUGACCUCCAGCAUGAGUAGAUUCACAAAAGACUUUAAAUGACCCAAAACUUGGCCUGCUUAAAAUCAGCAUUUUAACAUGGGUCAACUGGUUUUCAAGUGUUACACAUAGGAUUACUGUACCAGUUGUUACUGUUAGUACUUAAUAGGGACAGAGUAUGAAAUACAUUACAAGGGAUCUUGGUGAACUGGUUGAAUUUGUGUGACUUCAGUGUGAAGGGUACUCCGUAGCAGCUUCUAUGGCUGUGAUUCAUCUGGUGGCCCACAGAGUAAAUGCAGGUCUUUUCAUGUAUUACCAACUGUUAGCCAAUAGUACACUAUGCUCCUCGUGGGGAAAUGAUGCACUUCCAACUUACUGUGUUGAUCAGUGUAAAGCUUUAGUUCUAGUGGUAGUUUGCUCGUCCAGUAAAUACUGUAUAUUACAUGUACAUUGCUACACUAUAAAGCAUGUGGAAUAUGCUCGCUGUCUUUGGUCAUUGUCUAUGAAGCCGCCAUGUUUAUCCUGCACUUCAAGUACAGAAGUUUGAGUUACCAUGUAACCUAUUUAACAGUUACAUGGUGCUAAACUGAAGAACCAUGAGCUACAGUGCAUAAGGUAGUUAGUCGAUCUGUAUCAGUACUUGUGUUCCUUAAUAUUCUUAGUUGGUGGUUUUCCGUUCCAAGUCUUAUGUACAUGAUUUUUCAUGUAGCCUAAUAUUUGUUCUCAAAUGACCAUUGUUUUGUUAUCUGUGAAAAUUUAAUAAAUUGCAACUGAGUAAAUAUUUUAA